AUGGUUGGGAACAUUGCACUAAGCCAUGCGGUUCCUGAACAGCCACCUGAGAUCGCACACGUCUAUGUUGUUCCAUGUGAAGACGGUGGAGUUCCAGCUUUACCGCAGCUUCUAGAUGCACAGAGAUCCUGUUCUCAUGGAGCUUGCUACCCAUCAGUGGGAGACCUCCUUGUAGGAAGAAUCCAUCACUUGAAAGCCUCCUCUACGUGUGGCCUUACCAAACCUGAGACUUACUGCACACCAUAUGGGGAAUGGAGUAUGAAAUGCUGCAGGUGCGACUCUCGGGUGCCUCACUCCCACAACAGUCACCGUGUGGAAAAUGUGCUGUCCUCCAAAGGGCACCUGCGCUGGUGGCAGUCCCAGAACAGUGUGGAUCAAGUCUCUCUGCAGCUGGAUCUGGACAAGAAAUUCCUGCUCAGUAGCAUCAUCCUUGACUUCAGGUCUCUCCUCCCUGCUGCAAUGCUGAUAGAGCGCUCCACUGACUUUGGCAAGACCUGGAAGGUUUAUCAGUACCUAGCCUCUGACUGUGCUGCCUCCUUUCCUCGGAUCCCUCAGGACUCCCCCAAGAACUGGCAGGAUGUACAGUGCCAAGCACUGCAUGCCCAGCAUGGAUACCCGUUACACGGGCGCAAGGUCAAAUUCAGUGUCCAAGACCUGGCAUCUACCAUUUCUAACUCUUACAGCCAGAUUGUCAACAAUCUGGGAGAAUUCACCAACCUGCGAAUUAACUUCACUCAGCUCCCUCACAUUGUGCACCAGGGUUACCGCUCACCCAGCACUUUCUAUGCUGUGACAGAAAUGCAGGUGCAGGGAAGCUGCUUCUGUAAUGGACAUGCCAACCGUUGUGCUCCUUCUGGAGAUCAGCAUGCCAUGGUGAGUGCCAGGGUGCAGGUUCAUGGACAUUGCGUAUGUCAGCACAACACUGCAGGGCCGAACUGCAAUCAUUGUGCAGACCUCUACAAUGACCAGCCUUGGCGACCUGCAGAGAACAACAAUCCCCACGAAUGCCAGAGGUGCAGCUGCAAUGGUCACUCCGACUCGUGCCAUUUUGACGCAGAUGUUUACCAAGCCAGUGGUGGGGAGAGCGGAGGUGUGUGUGACAACUGCCAGCACAAUACAGAAGGGCGAAACUGUGAGCGGUGCAAAACUAACUAUUUUCGCAACCAGCAGCAAGAUUUUGCCCAUCCUGAAGCCUGUCUGCCCUGUGAAUGUGAUCCAGACGGCACUGUGCCAGGCUCCAUUUGCGACCCUCUCACUGGACGCUGUGUCUGCAAGGAAAAUGUGCAGGGGGAGCGCUGUCACCUCUGCAAGCCAGGAUUCACCCAGCUGGCUAACACCAAUCCCCAGGGAUGCCACAGAUGCACCUGCAACCUACUAGGAUCACGCCAGGACAUGCCCUGUGAUGAUGAGACAGGGAGGUGCUUCUGUCUGCCCAACGUGGUGGGAGCCAACUGUGACCAGUGUGCCGUUGACCACUGGAAGAUUGCCAGUGGCCAGGGCUGCCAGCCCUGCAGCUGCGACCCUCGCCACUCACUCAGCACCCAGUGCAACCAGUUCACAGGACAGUGUCCUUGCAGAGAAGGCUUCACAGGACGAACAUGUUCUGCUGUACAGGAGCAAGUUUGCCCAGAUAGACACUAUGGAGAUGUCAGGGUAGGAUGCACAGAAUGCAACUGUGAUUUCCAGGGCACAGAGGAAACGGGAUGUGACAAGACCACAGGCCACUGUCUCUGUCGCCCAGGCAUUACAGGGCUCCACUGUGACCAGUGCAAGCGAGGUCACUGCAGCACCUACCCCCAGUGUGAGCUAUGCCACCCCUGUUUCCAAGCCUAUGACAGCGACAUCCAGCGCCUUAACACGCGCAAGGUCAGCCUGAGCAACUCGACUUCACAGCUGUACUUUGGGACUGGAGGCUCCCGCUUCAGUGCCCGCCUCUCAGAAAUGGAGGACAAUGCUCAGCAGGCCCAGAGCAUCCUUGACGGUUCUCUAGUGAUGGAGCAGGACUUGACCCAGCUGGCCAGCAUGCUCACUGUGAUCAGAAAGCAAGCCCAAGGCAUAAAUCCUGACCUUCAUUUUCUGGAUGAGACUACUUCUCUAUCUAGUGAGCUUGACACCCUUAACAGAAGUUCAGUUAUCAUUAACACCCAGUAUCAGACUAAGAAGAACCAGUUUGAAACCAGCCGCAGCACAGAUGUUUCAGGAGCCUUCAAGACAAUCAGAUCUGCUUAUCAGACAUCCACCAAUGCCAGCAAUCUCAUAGCUGGUGCCUCCAGGCUGCUAGCUGAAUCCAGAGAGAAACGGAAAAAUGCUGAAGGACUGGAAGGGGGUUUUACAGACUAUACCUCCACAUUGCAAGCUCUCCAGGGCAAGAUAGCCUCAUCUCCCAACUUGACUCCAGUUAUUAAUAAGAUUUGUGGUGGUUUCAGAAUGGAGAAGUGUACUCCUGCUCAGUGUGAAAGGUUGCUUUGCUUGCAAGACAACAGCACAGAAUGUGGAGCUGGUCUGAGCUGCAAAGGCAUCUUCCCUCUGUCACGAGGUGCCCUCAGGAAGGCUGAGAAAGCUGCGAGCGAGUUCCAUAGCUUGAGUGUUCGGCUUCAGGAAACCACACAGCUGAUUAAAGCAACAGAGACAUCUGCAAAUCAGAUACAAAGCAAUACUCAGCGUCUCGUGGAGCAGAUCAGUAUAACAAGGACCCAGAUAAAAAGUGAUGUCCGACGCAUCCAGCAGUUCAUCCAGAAAGUUCGAAACUUCUUGUCAGACACAGAUACUGACCCUGCUGCUAUCCACGAAAUCAGUGAGUCUGUUCUCUCACUACAUCUCCCUACGGAUGCUGCUGCAGUCCUGAGAAAAAUGACUGAGAUCCAAAAUUUGGCUACUAAGCUUCAGUGUCCAGAGAGCAUACUGGCCCAGACAGCUGAGGAUAUUGCUAAGGCCAAGCAGCUUCAACAGGAAGCAGAACAAGCCAGGAACCGGGCAAAUGCUGUAGAGGGCAAUGUGGAAGAGGUGGUUGGGAAUUUGAGACAAGCAAACACUGUGCUCCUAGAGGCCCAGGGUGCUAUCAGGGGCUCUAGUUCUUCGCUUCGAUUCAUCCAGGAGCGCAUUGAUGAAAUCAAGGCUGUUCUUGGCCCAACUGAGAAUAAUGUGAAGUCCAUUGCUGGUCAAAUGGAUGGACUUGCAGAAAGACUCACCCAGUUGCAGUACAAAGCAGAUCAGAAUCGUCUGAGAGCCACAGAUGCACAACAGACAGCAGCUAAGGCUGGCGAGCAAGCAAGGAGUGCUCAGCAGGCGUUUGAACAAGUAAAACAAACGUACGCUGAGGUGAAGGGAAGACUGAAGCAGAGUUCAAAACUGGGAGUGCAGGGCAGCAGGGUACAAAGCAUAAACCUGGAAGCAAAAGAUCUACUUGAGGAAACCUUGGCCAUAAUGCUCAGGAUGGAAACUUUAGAGGCAGAAAUUCAGAGAAGUAACAAAGCUUUAAUCUCCAAGUCGGCAAGCCUUGUGGGCCUGGAAGAGCAGGUCGAAAGGAUUCGGAAUUCGAUCAACAAGCGAGUCGCAUACUAUGACAGCUGCUGAUGAACGAACAGUUGAGGCUCUGUCUUGCCAUACAGUUGUAUUGUCUUCCUUCUCUUCAGACAGUUACUUCUGUAUUUAUUUACAUUUUCUGCAUGAAGUUUUCAUGUUCCUAAUUCUCUGAUAUUAGCAAAUUGAAUUACUGGGUCUUUGGAAAAUAGCUACACUGAGCCAAAGGAGCAACCGGAAUUAUGACGUUUGGUCUGGCUGAAGCCACCUAAUUCUUAUAGGAAAGGGAGACAGAAACCAAUCUUCAUUGCAAAUAAAAAACAUCCAGAAAGUUGCUAUUUCUGUAGGAGUUUAUAAACCAGUAAUUUUUUUUUUCCUUAUUUUAGCCAAUUCAAGCUCUUGCAGCUGGAUUUCACUGUUCAAAUUGAAGCCUUCAUAUGAGGCCCUUUAAAACAUUUUAUCUACAUGCAGUUUAUCCUUAAAACUUGCUUUGGAUUCAGUACUCUCCUCCUUUAUUCAAAGAACCAGAUCACAGAAACGUAGAAUUUUAUCUCUAUCAUAUCUAUAUAUCAUACCUAUACUUACACAAAUAGCAGAAAUGCAACUUCUAAUUCAAAGAUAGAGUCAAAUUUUUUCUUUGACUUUCUGCCACAAUCUGCUUAUUUACCACGUAGCACUCUGCCAGCAGAAUACUAGAGGGAAUAGGUCUGCAGAUGCACAGAGAUUGCUUUAGAAGGGAGUUAAUAGACCAUUUCCACAUCAAAUUUCUAUGAAUAACCAACAAGCAUUUUACAAAACAAAAGUCGGCUUUAUUAAGCAAGUAUUUAUUGCACAGUUACAGACUUGGAAGCAGGGAAUUUAGACCUUGCUGAGAUUAUUGUCAGACAUGUGGAAGUUGCUAGCAGGUUGUCUCCUUUUGUAGUUUAAGUGAAGACUGCACAGCCUAGGCAGCUGUUUGACACUGAACUUCAGGGUACUGAAGGUUGGGAGUAAACAAAAUCCCAGGAGUGAUAGAGUGCAGAUUGUAUUAAAAGAAAAAAAAAGAGCUGCCACUGAGUAAAACUCUGCAUGGCUUUGGUUUAUAGGAUUUAUGCUGUGCAGUGCACUUAUUAUGCAUUGGACAACUACACAGUAUACAGAAAACAAAAGCUUAUAGCAUUGAGCAGUGUUGUAUGAACAAUAUACACUGAAAAUGCUAGCAGAAGCCUCAGACUUUCCUUUGCUAAAGUGCCAUCUCCCAGCGUUAACAAUCCAGAAACACUUUGAGGUCACUGCAUUGAUCAAUUCCCAGGACUAAGAAGCGUGCAGCUUGUCACUGGUCGGUCACCGCUCUCUGAGAAACUGCUGCCCAUCUGCUCCUGGCAGGACACAGCUUCCUGUCUUCUUGCUUGCACUAUUGAUGUCUGGCUUUGAAGUGCAGAAAAGAGUAAAACAGCCCUUCUGUUUCUGCAAGAGACAGAAUUUCAAACGAGGUUUGAACUUUGUUUUACUAGACUGCUACCUUCAAAACAUUCUUUUAAUAAGCAGAAGCAUCAGGGGUUAGGAACAGCUUAGAUCCUUUUAUAUGCCAUGUCUCUAAAGGGUUAUUGCAUGACCAAUCAUUUCAAUUCCUAUUUGGGGUCUGUAGUAAAUCCUACCUGCAUUUCUCUCUUCUAUUAAUCCUUUAUAUAUUACAAUUCUGUUCAUAUAAUCUCAUCAGUAGAGAAUGUGAUAAAAGAUUGUAGCAUGUGGCUCACUUCACUGUAUCCAGCUUUUGUGGAGAACUAAGCAUAUAUUCACCUUUGAGGAAUAAUUUUUCUUGCAGAAUCUUAAUAGUAAUACUUCCUCCUGAUCGUAUAUAAUGCACUGAGAAUGGUAACUUAAUGAGUCUAGAAUUAAUCUGAUCUAUGGUCAGACAGGGAGGAAUCUUUCACGAUUGUACUUCUCUGCUGUUUCUUGCUCAACCAGAAGACAAGCAUCUCCAUGCCUUCUGGUAAGAAAACAACUU